UGUCUUUGACACCGACACUCUCGACUCCAGCAAGUGGUUAGAGGUCGAAAGAGGGUGGAGAUGGACCCGUUGAGUAUGGAGGAAGAGAUGGAGACGACUACGGCUGCGAGUAUGGGUAUGAGUGUGGAAGAGGCGACGGAAGGGAGUACGGCGACGAGCGGGUCAAGCCAAUGUGUGGGAGAGUUUGAAUUGGGAAGAACGCUUGGAGUUGGCGCGACGGGCAAGGUCAAGCUUGGUACACAUAGAGUUACUGGGCUUAAGGUUGCCAUCAAGAUCAUCUCCAAGGACUCGCUCAAUUCAAAGCCCAACAUGCGCCGCAAGAUGGAGCGCGAGAUCGCCGUCCUCCGCCUCGUCAACCACCCCAACGUCAUGAAGCUCUUUGACGUCUACGAGACUUCCCGCUACCUGUUCUUGAUUCUCGAGUAUGUGGAGGGUGGCGAGCUGUUUGAUUAUCUGGUGCGCAAGGGCCGGCUGCUGCCCAAUGAGGCGCUGCGGUUUUUCCAGCAGAUUGUGCUCGGGGUGGACUACUGCCACAAACACAUGGUGUGCCAUCGGGAUCUCAAGCCGGAGAACUUGCUGCUGGACGAGAACAACAACGUGAAGCUUGCGGAUUUUGGGAUGGCGUCUGUGAUGAAGCAGGACUCGCUGCUGGAGACGUCGUGCGGUUCGCCGCACUACGCGUGUCCCGAGGUGGUGAUGGGCCAGCCGUACUCGGGCGAGGCCGCCGACGUGUGGUCGAUGGGCGUCAUUCUGUAUGCGCUUCUCACCGGGCGGCUCCCGUUUGACGACGAAAACAUCCGAAGGCUGCUGAAGAAGGUCAAGGCCGGGCGGUUCUUUAUCCCGCGGUGGGUCUCGCCGGACAUCAAUGACCUCAUUUCGCGGAUGCUGACCGUGGAUCCGACGGCGAGAAUAACUGUCGACGAGAUCAAGGCACAUCCGUGGUUCAACUCGCUUCCGAUGGACACACCGCCGGUCCGGCCGAUUUCUGAGGCCAUCACCUCGGCGCUGCCCAUUGCGGUUCCCGACGACGACGUCGUUGCCUCGCUCGUCUCGCUCGGAUGGGGUGGCGCCAGCGAGUUGCGCCGGUCGCUGGCGUCGGACGAAAAGUCUGUCGCCAAGGUCUUCUACCAUCUACUUGCGCAGCGCAAGGCCGAGAUCGAAGCCACCUUCCACCAGUCGAUCGGCAGUGGCCGCGGGAGCGGGGCGGCGGCGGCGGCGCCGAUGGACGAGGCACACGAGCGCGAAUCUGGCGCAGUGCGCAUCGCUGCUGGCAGCCGCGGCCGCGUCGGCUUUGUCUCGCCGACCUCACCCCAUGGCGCUCAGUACUUUCCCGAGGCCGGCGGAGGAGCCGGCGGUCCAGUGGCGGCAUCGUACAUUCCGUCGUCGACCGCUGCUGCCAUGUUUGGCGGCUACCCGGGCUCGGGCCCGGAGCCGAUGGUCUCCCCGCUUGACGCGACGCCGACAAGCCUGCAGCAGGCCUCGCCCGACGCGCUGGCCGACAUGGAUGUUGAGCCGAGCGCAGCGACUGGAGUCCGGGUCCCACGGCGGCCGAUGGCGACGGCGACGCCGCUCUCGCAGUCGGUCCCAACCUCGAAUGCCUUUGCGCUUGCUUCAUCAUACGGCGUGCCGGUCCCUGUCCACCCGCCGGCCGGGUGGGACGGGUCGACGGCGGCGGCGGCGGCGGGUGCCGGCGGUGUCUCGGGCACGCCGCGUUUCCACCGGCACGCCGGCGCCGCGGCCGCCGCUGUUGCGGCCUCGCCGCCGGUCUCCUCGUCGCCGCACGUCUCGUGGUUCUCCAACCUGUUCGGCGGAAGCCAGGGAGGCCAACGCUCGGGCGUUCUGCCGAUGGCCGGCGCCGCGCCCACCGCCGACGCUGCUUCGGUAGUGACGCAGCUGCCGCAAAGCGCCAAUGUGGCACAGGCGCCCGCGGCCAACCCAUCCUCGCGGUCAGCCAUCGUCUCGCAGCUCGAGGUCGUCUUCCACGACACCACGCCCAAGGCGCUCGGGACGAAGGUGGCGCUCGCGCUCCACGGUGCUCGGUGCAAGUUCCGCCGCAACUCGUUCACGACGUUCAAGGCCAAGUGCAACUACGGCGGCGUCAUCCUCAAGUUCAAGAUCAUUGUCCAGUCGCCGUCGUCGCCGCCACCUGGCGCUGCGGCGUCGGCACUUGCCCCGCCGCCGACUGCCGACGUCGGCGUCACCUUUCUCCUCCAGGCCGGCCUCCCCGAGUCGUUUGCCGGCCUCGUCAACCAGCUCGCCUCGGACAUCCGCGCCCUGCAGUCCAAGCCACCGCCCAGCACGCCCGGCAGCGGCGGCGGCGCAGCGGCCCCAGACUCGCCUCCCUCCGAGCACGACGACGUCGACCUUGCCAACAUGGACGACCUUUAAACCAUGUGUGUACACUU